AUGGCCUCUCAUGACGACGCUGAUACCGCACCAUCCGGCACUGCGUACCUGCCUAAAGACAAGGUUGUUCUUGCUGAAGCGACGUCGGGUCAGAUGCAAAGUAACAAGUCCAAUCAGUCGGCAACACCAUCUUCAUGCAGCGGCGUUGAUGCCAUGAUGGACCCAACACGAUGUAACUCGUCAACAAAAGAUGCUGACGCUUCAGCUGUUGUCCCAGACGACAGUAUCACUCCCCACACGCCCGACACACGCCAUCUCGAGCCGAUGUCGUCGCAAAACCCGAGUCUAAUGUACUCCCCAAGCACCGUGAACCAGAAUUCGGGAGAUGUCGAAAACGCUCGGGAACCGAGUCCCAUGUACGAGCAAAACGCCGCGAGCGCCGAUCGGGCGGAUACAGAAAACGCUCGGGACCCGAGUCCGAUGUACCCGCAAAACGCGUCGAACCCGAGCCCUGAACCGGCUAACGAGGACAGCCUACAGCCGACUGCAGCUGCAAACCAGCAGGACGACACCAUCGGAGCAGCUGAGAGAGACGGCAAUCCCUUCAUCCAACCCUAUCAAGACACAAAUGAAGAAGAUUCUGCAUCCGCCUGCAGACCAGAUAAUGAUGACUGUGGUAACCGUGUCCAUUCAGAAGAAAGUGUGCCCGCUCGCAGACUAUCUAGUACCAGUAAUGGUGUACCCAGCAUCCAGCCAUAUGCAGUGGCGAAUCAGGAAGACUGUGAGUCCGCUAGCAGUUCAGCCAACUGUGAUGACAACAUCCAGCCCUACGCUGUGCGGUAUCAGGAGGAAGAUGAUGGUAACAACAUGCCCACAGCCGGCGGUACUGCGGCUCGGGACGGCCAAAGAGAUGGCGUCGACUCUGGGGACGUAGAUAUUUCACCUUACGCUGUUGCAUAUGCGGACAGACAUGACGACGGUGAAGCCCGAACUUACGAAAAUGUUCUGAAUCCACAUCCGAUGCACGCCCCAAACGCCCUGCAUCCAAACCCUAUGACGGCGCUAUCACCACGCUCUCUCAGUAGUGUAGAAGGACCUGAUUGGGAAGUUGUCAGUGAAGGUACAGCCUACAGGAGCAGUGGACACCACCCCCAACACUGGUCAGCCUGUCUGCUGCAACUCCUGGACAGACACCACGGCUUAUCUGACGAACACAUCCACUGCAGCAAUCUCGAGACUGUAACACAUCACAAACCUUUUGCAGAUCUCUAUGGCAGACAGUCCAAUACAACAGCGCUGUACUUUGAAUUGCAUACAGAAGCUGAGGACACUACCUACGCACCUGACGUGGAUGGCUGUUGCAGCUCCGGCGUUGGGUUCGUGCCGAAACCCACGAUGGAGACUGCCAAUGACUCUUCUGGACAAACAGAACCACCCGGUUUGCCAGGGUGCGUAGGCAAAAUCGUACCAUCGGAGAAGAUCGUGUUUGGAGGGAAGGGGCAGAAACCCGGGAAGUUCAUCAGAAACACAGGUGUGGCCGUGUCAGCUGACCACGAGAUAUUCGUCAAUGACAUGUACAACCAGCGAAUCCAGGUCUACAGCAUGGACGGGACCUUUCUCCGCCUCUUCAAAACGGAAAUGCCGGGAGCAAAUGGGCGCGUACUACCAAUCCAACCUUGCGAUGUUGCCAUGGACGGAGAGGGUAAUGUGCUGGUAUUGGGACAAAAAGUGUUCAGUUCUUCGGCCCUUUUUGUACUUAAGUACAGUCUGGGUGGUGAUUUGAUGACCAUGUUCGACGUGCAAUGCGGGGGCAGUUACCCAAACAUCGCCGUCGACGCGCGAAACAACAACAUCUUCGUGGAAGCCUCUAACAAGAUCUUAACGUUCCAACCAAACGGAAAGCUUCUUCGCAGUUUCAAAACGAUACCAGGAACAAAAUCCCGCCGUUUUGGAGGGAAGCAAGGAAUGGAAGUCGAGUCCGUUGCAGUGGACGAGGAAGGGAACAUCGUCGUGACGGAAUCCACCUUUUCGAGCCCCUGGGUACAUGUGUACAGCCCUUUCGGCCAUCGGCUAGUCAUAUUCGGAGGCUUCGGACCAGGCAAAGGUGAACUAAAACACCCCCAAGGUAUCUGUACAGAUACCUGUGGGCACAUCCUCGUAUCGGACUGGGGAAACAAACGCGUAGACAUGUUCACAAGCCGCGGGGAGUUUGUCCGCACCGUUGUGAAUAUUACACAUUCGUAUGGCCUUGCUGUCGGACCGGGUGGGCAGUUGGUAGUGACCAGUGUGAUUAACAGUACUGUGACAAUCUUUCCCACUCGAAUGGUAGUGUUGUAA